GUAAAUAAAAUUAAAUAAAAACAGACAGAUACACACCACAUUUUCUCCCAGCAGUAAUGGCUUUUGCCGCUCUCCUCCUCCUCCCUUCCACUAUCAUUGCCGCCCGCCACCACCCUUGUUCCCCCGCCGCCCCUCACCAAUAAACCGAUCAUUCUCUUCUUGUUCUUCUUCUUCUUCAAUUCGUCUUCUAUCAAUCAAUCGUAACUGUUUCAAUAUAUGGGCCGUUACUUCUCAUGCAAUGACGAGUCCGCCGUCUCCACCUGCGAUCCCUACAACUGGGACUGCAAGAGAGUAACCGCCACCGCCGGCGGAUCCAGUAAAGGGCGGCCCCCCGGAGCCGGUCGUAGUAGUAAUGCCUACGGCAAUAAGCCGGCAAGGAUCAGGAAGUUCUGUCAUUCCGAGCUCGUGGCCGCUACGGGCGGCUUCUCCGCCAACAGCUUCCUCGGCAAGGGCAGCCACGGGAGUGUCUACCGGGCGGUCCUCGAUGGUGGGAGGCUGACGGCCGCAGUAAAGAGGGCCAAAUUGCCUGCUGGCGGCAACUUCUACGAGAACGAGAUCGAAAUCCUGUCCCGGGUCCGAGGACCGAGGCUCGUCAACUUAAUUGGAGUUUGCGAGGAGGACAAUGAAUCGAUUGAGGAGCGGUUGAUAGUUGUCGAGUACAUGCCGAACGGGUGCCUUUACGACCUCCUGCACCGGAGCCAUCGACCGCCCGGUUGGACUGACCGGGUCCGGUUUGCUUUGCAGGUGGCCAGGGCGGUCCGGGGGCUCCACGAGUCGGAGCCGCCCGUCAUCCACCGGGACAUCAAGUCGUCGAACGUGCUGAUCGACGGGAAGUGGAACGCUAGGCUGGGAGAUUUCGGGCUGGCCCUGAGGGGACAGGUGGAAGACGUCCGGGCCCGCUCCACGCCCCCGGCGGGGACGAUGGGGUACCUUGACCCCGCGUACACCGCCCCGGGGGACCUGAGCGAGAAGAGCGACGUGUUCAGCUUCGGAAUAUUACUCUUAGAAAUCAUAAGUGGAAGGAACGCGAUCGACGUUAAUUAUAGCCCGCCCUCAAUCGUGGAUUGGGCCAUCCCACUAAUCAAGUUGCACAAGUUUAGAACCAUUCGCGACACAAGGAUCAGCCCGCCUGCAGACCCCGCAAUCAUGCGCCUCAUGGCAGUGUUGGCAGCGCAGUGCGUGAGGGAUGAUGCUCGGAGGCGACCCCGCAUGGCGGAGGUGGUGGAGAGGCUACAGAUGGCAAGGGAAAGGGUCCGGGCGAUACGAGUGUGGGGAAACUUGAGGCAGGGUACAGACCCAAUCAAUAACGGGGAGGACGUAGAGGUGGCAGUCGAAGCUAGUGACGAAGUCGGAUGGUCUAAGAAGAGUGGAAGGAAGACUAGGACUAGGAAAGUGUCCAAUGUGAAUCCUAUUUCGAAUGUGGAGUCCGGGAAAGACGGAUCGGGUGUGGCUACUGAAGGUUGCGGAGGUGGGCCGUCGGCUUCAGUGGCUAAUCAUCAAGUGGUCAGGUCCAGAUCGGUGGGGUCGUCUGGGUCGAGUUCCGCGAGGAGGAAGCAAGCGGGCCAUGGAGCGGCAGGGAACAAUAAAUGGGCGGUAGCGGUGAGGCUGAGCAAGUCCAGGUCUGUGGGUGCGCGUCUACCGGAUUAUUCCCGUGGGAGGGUGGUGUUCGGUGACGCGGAUUGUGCCGUCACCGGCGGGAACGAACGGUCGUCCGGGAUGAUUAUCAAGUUUGACAGUGAUUACGAGGAAGAAUCCGACAGUACUUUGCUUGAAAAGCCAGUCGUUGUUGUAACUGUAAAUUAAAUUGAUGGAUCCGAAGGCAAUUAGUGGAGAGGCAGCUCUUCAAACGAGAUCAAAUAUCAUCCUUUCUUUUUACGAUAUAUGAGAAAAUUCACAUGUUUAUUUGUUAAUUAUAAUAUAUAUCUGAAAUUCUUUCUCUC